AUGCUCAAUCAAGCGACCCAAAAGUUCUCGAAGAUGCAUGCCAGACGGAACCCAAAUCUGUCUAUACAGUCCACGGCUCCCUACUCGCAACUGAGUCCGCCUCCCCAAUCCGCUACAUCCGGUGCCUUCCUUUCUCCUACGAUAGCCUCUCGUCGCGGUCUGCUAUCUCGAUCUCCUCCACCGUCACCGAGCCUUCCGUCUCUCAUUCCACGCCAUGGCAAAAAGCAACCACAACCGAGUCACUCAGGCUUAGUCAAGCGGAUCCUCAUUGGCUGUUGCGGAGUAGCCUUCCUGGUAUGGAUUAUUCUACGCCAACUAUACUCGAGUUCGCAACAGGCCGUCAGCUACGAAGAGGAUGGUGACGAAUGGGAGAUGGUGGGAGGCAGCCGACUGCCUCACGAACCUUCAGCUGUUGCCGUUCAGGAUGCGAAUGGGAAAAUGAGGUGGACGGUGUCAAUCCCUUCGACCUUUGAGUUCCCAUUACGCCCAGCGCAGUACCGUGAAAUAUGCCACCAAUCGAUGGAAGUGUCCAAAGGGCUGCGCCAGGAAGCACAGGGGACAGGAAGCUUCGCUAAACGCAUGCUGAACUACUAUCAACAAGAUCAGUACUACAUCGACGUCCAGGAGGCGGAAGAGCAGGCGCUGUUACCGCCGAAUAGAGUGCCUGGAAGACCCAAGGGUUUCGUAGAGGAUGAGAGUGUUGCGGGCGGGACAUACACGACUGGACUCAAGGUCUGUGACAAGACUUUGACGUACGUUAUGGAGACGGAAGACGCUGGCUUCGGCAUUUCGUUGAUGCGAAUGUGGAUGUCAUAUGGUCUAGCUCAGGCUGAGAAUCGAGCGUUCUUCAUCGAUGAUACUCGAUGGCCAUACGGCAGGUAUAAAACCUACUUUCAGCCACCUCCGGCAGCAGGAUGUCUUCCGCCACCAAAAACGCACAUGGUUCCUUGCCCUCACAAUGCCCGUCACAUUGUAGUUUCUGCCGCCACUGUUCACUCCACUUUUGGUCAUUCCUUUACCGAGGAGUGGGAAGAUGCCACCAAGAUGCGCGUCCAGCGCCAACACAAGAUCUUCAGUCUUGUGCGCACAGGCUACGAAGCGCUCUUCAAACUACGCACCGACGACGCAGAGUAUGUCGUCAAUCGCGCCCUCGAACUUUACGGUGCUAUGAAACAGGAAGGGGGUCUUAGCAUUGGCAUGCACGUCCGCCAUGGCGACAAGCACCCCAUGGAAUACCAGUACCAAAAGGACUACAUCCCACUAGACCGUUACAUCGAUACAGCGCGCGAGCUCUACAUCGACCUCGUAGAAGGAAACCCCAAACACAAGCACACCUCAGAAGAAUCAAAGGCUCUCCUCGCACGCCACACGUCGUCCAAACUGAUCCUCGCCUCGGACGAUCCGAUGGUCUACGAAUCCCCCGAACUCGGACCGAACUCCAUCAGGGCGCAAGACCGCAUCGUCCUCGCUACCAAAGCCGCUCUCGAAGCCGCCCAAGCGCAACAUAAGAAGAACAAGUGGAUCGAUGAAAUCACGGGUUGGGAAGGCGGCUUCUACCGCGACGUCUUCUUCUCGCUCGGCCAACCCGUCGGAAACGCCGAUGACAUGAACAAGCUCAGCAACACGGAGGAGGUGCCCGAGGGAGCGAUGAAGUUGCGGGAGUUGGUGGGACGUGCGUAUUUGAUGGAUAUGGCGGUGCUAGGCAAGGCUGAUACUAUCGUGUGCACCGUGUCGAGUGUUACGUGUCGGUUGUUGGCGGUUAUGAUGGGGUGGGAGGGCGCAAUUGGCGAGCGCAGGUGGAGGAACAUUGAUGGCGCGUUUGAGUGGAGGGGUAUUAUAUGGUAG